CUGUAUUAUUUUUGGUGCAAGGUGCAACCGUUUCACUAGAUUGAUCUCUUUGAAUGGCAGAUGGUCUGCAGUAUAUAAGGGUACCUGUUCAGAAUCACGCUACUCAAUCCUCUCCUGCAUCUUCAGAUCCAAAAAUCGGCUACCAAUCUUACAACAUGCUGUCGCUACUAUUCCCCGCCAUGCUGAUGACCUUGGGGUUGACCCUCGCCCAGGAAGCUCCCAAAUGUAAUCCGGCCAUUGUUGGUGAUCUUGACAAGUACUACCCUGAGGGCAUCCCUCAGAACAUCGUAGGUCAGCUCCACGCCACUGGACCAUACUCUUUUGUAAGCCUAUCCUUGCCUAACGCCCUGACGCUGACAGGAGACUGCGCCACCUGUGUCGGCUUCAGAGUCAGUGACGACAAGAAGUCGGUAAAACUCACAAGGAAAAUGUCUCAGGGUGCGGUAUCCACCGUGUUCGGAAUCGCUGGAGAAGAGGACGGUGUCAUCUCCUAUUUGGGCGCCACUGAUGUAGUACCAAAAUACAAGAUUUACCACUUAUUCUUCAAGGACGGUGUUGCAGUCACAUACAGAUGCUGUGACGAAUGUAAUGGCAGUGAUCUGAACGUAGGUAUCGCAGUGGCUGACAGGCUAGCCAAUACGGCGGAGACUCAACUAGCUCUGGUUGAGGCCAAACAGUUCGUCCAUAAGUACAAUCUGGAUGUUAACUUGACUAAGCUAAAACUAUGCUCGGCAUAAACAACAGUGCCUUAAAUACUGUAGGAUUAUUGUAAAAUUUUAAAAUUAUUUCACGCAAGAAUAAAUAUAUAAAAAACAAA